AAAAUCCCAGAUAUUGCGCCGAAUAAUACAUACAUAUAUAUAUGUAUAUGAAGUGAAUGUUUCUUAUCCAACCACUGCGUCAUCGUGGACUUUGAGAGAAGAAAAUCAUGGAAAAAGCUGGAGCCUCCGACCGAACAAGACAAAGACAUGAAUUCUGCAAUUUCAUCCGCAGAAGAACAAGAACAUGUUCGGGUUCCGGAAUCAGACCAACCCGCUCCCGAGAUCGAGAAUCAGAGACGAUCAUUAGAGCUCAAGCAGAGGAAAUGGUGGAUCUCUGUUUUCUUCUGCGCUUUCUUGAUCUUGGUCGGAGAAUCUCUCGUUACGCUUCUCCUGAACUUCUACUAUGUCCAAGAUGCUCGACAAGAGAGUGAUCAAGAUAAACAGUACUCAGGAACCUGGACGCAAUCGCUAAUCCAAAACGCUGCGUUUCCAAUCUUGGUUCCAUUGUUCCUCCUGUUUCCUUUGCCAAAACCAAACCCAGAAACAUCUUCCAACGUUAACGAAACCGAUCACCAUAAUCUCCGGUUUCGUCUUUUGUUGCUUUACUUUUCUCUUGGUGUUCUUGUUGCAGCUCACAGUAAGUUAUAUGCACUGGGGAAAUUAUACGCAAACUAUGGAUUUUUCUCUUGGAUUUCGGCUACCCAGUUGAUAUUUACCUCCAUUUUUACGGCUUUGAUAAACCGAUUCAAGUUUAACAGAUGGGUUAUAAUCUCUAUGAUCAUCACCAUCUUGGCCUAUAUUUUCGGCACACCUGAAUUCGGAGGAUCUCCUGAUGAAGAUGAAGAGUUUUACAAUCUCCAAGCUUGGUGUACAUUCUCUGCCAAUGUCGCCUUCUCGUUAUCUCUAUGCAUAAUGCAACUCGGGUUCGAGAAAGUGCUGGUGAAGAUGAACAAGAAGGGGUUUCGAAUGGUUUUGGAGAUGCAAAUCUGCGUCUCUCUUAUAGCAUCGCUCAUUUGCCUCGUGGGUCUGUUCGCGAGUGGCGAGUUUAAGGAGUUGAAGCUCGAUUUCGAGGGAUUUAACAAAGGGAAAUCUUAUUACAUUCUGAGUUUGGUCGGAUUGGCUCUGUCAUGGCAGGUUUGGGCAGUUGGUUUGACGGGUUUGGUGUUCUACGUGUCUGGUUUAUUUGCAGAUGUUGUUCAUAUGUGUGUUUCUCCGGUUUUGGCAUUGCUCGUCGUUUAUGCGUUUCGGUUUAUGGAUGAUGACUUUGGCUGGCCAAGAAGAGGUGCUUUGAUAGGAGCGGUCUUGGCUUUUGCCUCUUAUGUCUAUUUCCUGCGAAAAACGAAGAAGACGGAAAUUGCAGAGCUGAACCCAAGGGAGAACGAAGCAGAAGUUUAGUUUCGAA